CAGUCACACAGAUUGUCGAGCUAUGCGUUUUAUUUAAAUGUACUUUCCGAGUUUUUAAAUUUACAUUUUUUAAAAAUUCAAUGCUCAGAACAUGGCGCGGUUGUGCGUCUUCGCUGCGGUUCUGCUGUGGACUAUCUUUGAUUCUGAACCAAAAGCUCUGCCUUCCCUUCCCGAUUUCGGGACUGCUUAUCAUGUAAAAGGAAUGAUUUCUUUGCCUUACGCUGAAAUUCGGGAGCCCUUUGAAGCCUGGUUUGACCUGAAGGCAAAGUCCAGUCGUAUAGACUACUACCAUGGACAAGUGUCAACAUACCAGCUGGGGGGCGAGCAGCCGUGGGGGGCUUCCUACAAGAUUACCCCUGAAACCACCGAGGACGAGCUGAACGUGAUGAAAUGCUUCCAGGUCAACGGAACCAAGGACGAACCCGUCACGACGCAAGCGGCCCUGCCGGACGUGAACGGCUUGCAGUUCCUUAGGAUGGAGUACUAUGGGGGCUCCCUGUGCGAAGUGUGGCAGAACGUGACCACCGUGGGCUACAAGAAGAACACCUACACGCUGUGGGUGACCCGCUCGGAGGAGCGCGCCAACGGCCGGGUGGAUCCGGCCACGCCGCUGCACUACGAGAUGAUGGGCUACAACACGCUGCUGGGCUCCCAUUUUGACAAAUACCUGGUGGACUAUGAGGGGUUCUCCUCUGAGGUGGACCCCGCGGUGUUUUCCCUCCCUGAAGGUAUGAGCUGCGGAGGAUUCCCCGGUCCGGGAGUGGAGCAUCACCUGCUGGCCAAUCCCAUGAAAGAUCUCAUCCACACGUCAUCUUGGGGCCACUCGCGGCGCAUCUUCGUCCAUUUCAAAGACAAAUUUCAGCGUCGGUACAGCGACCAGAGGGAGCACGAGGAGAGAGAGCACGCUUUUCUCCACAAUCUCAGAUACGUCCACUCCAAGAACAGAGCGGGUCUGUCCUUCACGCUUGCGCUGAACUCCCUAUCUGAUCGCACCAUGGCGGAGAUGGCUGCCAUGAGGGGACGCAAACAGAGAAAGACCCCCAACCGAGGACGCCCCUUCCCUUCCCAGAAGUACAGAGGAAUCAAAGUCCCCGAGUCACUGGACUGGCGACUUUACGGUGCUGUGACGCCAGUGAAGGACCAGGCCAUCUGCGGCUCCUGCUGGAGCUUUGCCACCACGGGGGCUUUAGAGGGGGCUCUCUUCUUGAAGACUGGUUCCCUGCAGGCUCUCUCCCAGCAGAUGCUGGUGGACUGCACGUGGGGCUUCGGCAACAACGGCUGCGACGGCGGCGAGGAAUGGCGAGCGUACGAGUGGAUCAUGAAACACGGAGGCAUCGCAACCACCGAGACCUACGGAGCUUAUAUGGGCAUGAACGGCUUCUGUCACGCCAACGCCUCGCAGCUGAUGGCGCAAGUCCAGGACUACACCAACGUGACAUCGGGCGAUGCCGAGGCGCUGAGGUUGGCGCUGUUCAAGAAUGGGCCCGUGGCCAUUAGCAUCGACGCCGCGCACAGAUCAUUUGUCUUCUACAGCCACGGCGUCUACUAUGAGCCGGCCUGCGGUAACACCACCGAUUCGCUGGACCACGCCGUGCUUGCCGUGGGUUACGGCACCUUAAACGGAGAGCCCUAUUGGUUAGUAAAAAACUCGUGGUCCACCUAUUGGGGCAACGACGGCUACAUCCUCAUGUCCACCAAAGACAACAACUGCGGCGUCACCACCGAUGCCACCUAUGUGACACUGGCCUAGAAACGUGUCACUGUCUCACUUGUGCCACACGCAUGAAAAACAAAUAAUACAUCCACUACACAUCACGUGCUUAUGACUAAAGACAUCAAUAGUGUUGGUGUUCAUUUUGAUUUUAAACUACAAUCUGAUGCUGAAACUUUAAUUUUGGGGGACUUUUUGAUUCCACUAUGUGAGUCCCGAGGAAAAAUAAGCUACAAAAUUAAUGCGUUGUUGAAUAAAAAAAUGUUGUCUGUGCCAAUUA